AUGCAAUAAUUGUAUGCAUAAAUGUUGGUAUUUUACAUCACACCUGUUACAAUAACAGAUUUUGCUGGAUAUUACAUUGCCACGCUAGUUAUUGCCAUAAAUGAUGAUAAUGUUGUUUUGAGACCAUAAUGCGACGAUUAAAGCACAAAAAUGCAAGUUUGCCCUCAAAAACUAAAUACCAAGUAAAACACAACUAAAAUGAACUAGUAGAGCGAAGUAGUACAUUUUGUGAGCACAGCCACACAAAAACAGCAGGAAACUGAAACGAGGAAUGUGUUGAAAGUGGCGUGUUGGAUGCUUGCGUUGUCAGGAAAUGUGACUUGUUUGGCGCUGGUCGGCCCCGGGGCCCCGCGUUCUCACCUGCUCCUGGGUUUCUGCCUCCUCCCUAAUUCUGCUAGAGGAGUCGAGCUAAAAUGAGAUGGAAAGUUCUUGGCUGUGGGAAUGAAGUUGACGUCGCAUAAAGACAGAGAAAAAACAAACAAACCAUCUUUUGCUUUGUCAUUUAACUCCGUUGUCCGUGUCGCAUUCUUCUCCCAUCCCCCUCCGUCUCGUUCUGUCUGUUCCCUCCCCUCUCUUUUUUUUCUUGAGUAUUCUUUCCAUCCACUCUCAUCUCCCUUCUCUCUCUCUCUCUUUCUCUCCUUCUUUUCUUCCAUUUGCUCAUCCCCUUGUCAGUCACCUUCCAUCUCUUUCAUUCUCAUCCUCUUUCCGUCGUCUUCGUCCUCUAACCCUGACUCCGUGCAAGUCUGUCCUUGAAACUGUCUCUCAACUAUUUGGUUUUAUUUGGUAGCAAUCACUUGAUGAAGGAGAGAAAAGAUGGAGAUGAAGAAAAAAAGAGGAACAUGAGCAGAACGACGGGGAUGGAGGAGUAGUUGGAGAGCAUAACCUCAGUCGUAUAUGAUUUUAUUGUUCUGUCGCUUUGCAUCUUGAGCUCGCACGUCGGGACUUUGAGGUGUCUUGGCUCAUCCAUCCUCAGCCACAUGCUCGCUCGGCGGAAGAACGUUGGUGUUUGUUUCUGCCGUACGUCGUUAGCGCCGCUGCGAUCACUUUUAAAACUGUGCGGCGGUGGGAGGAGGUAGAGGAGGAGGGAGAGGAGGACGGGUCGGCGCUCGUGCCCGCCUCCCCUCCGUCCCUCACGCUUAAAAAGAGAGGCGGACGGAGCCGAGUGUCACUCACGCUGAGGAAUGAGGUCCUUAAAGCACCUGAAACUUCACAGCAGGAGGAGCGUGGAGGAGGCGAGCCGGCGCCUGGGUAGAUGUGAGCCCAAGGUAAUGGCCAGGCUGGUGGACAUAAGCACACAGACAGAUCCCGUAGUUGUGCUGUCCUUGGCCCAGGCCGCCGUGCUAGGUCUCAUCUCCCAGAAUGAAGUGUUUGGAGCUACCAUUGCACCCAACGGCUUCUACACCGGCGAACCCAAAGAGUCCCCUGCGCCGCCAGUAGACGGAGUCGACUACGAGUACGCAGACCAGCUUAUCGGUGCCAACGGAGAUUACCUCGGAGACAACUUAGGAGAAGACGGCCAGAUGCAGCCGAGCUGCAGCCAGAGGCGGUGGCAACAGGCGGCACCGCCACCGCAACACGUAGACACCAAAAUGGUCCUCCCUGACCGUCACUCCCUCCAAGGCAGUGACGUGACCUCCUCCCACGUGAAAGGGGAGGGAGUGACCUCUGCUAUGCCCUCUUGCGUCCACAUGCUGAACAAUAUGGCGCCCAGAGGAGGAUUAAUUCAGGUAGAUCCAGCCACUCUCAGAGGCCCCAACAAGAACUGUGCAGAGUGCGAGCGCGAAGUCACCAACCAGCAGCAAGCAAACACUCACGUCCAUCCUCCGCCUGCCCAAGUGGUACAUAGAGGGGCAGAGCAGGGUCACAGGGGACUCCAGCCCCAGCGCCCUAUGGGUGGCCAAUGUCGAGGAACUAGAGAGGAGGGAGAGGAGGUAGAACACCCGGGCAACACUAUGAUGAAGCCCAGUCAGCAGGAGGAAGCUAUCAGCAGCUACUUUCAGACCAGUGAGGUGGGCAGCUAUGACUCUACAGAAAUGGGCAUGGGCGGCGAGUACGAAGACGGCGGCCAGAGCAUGAUGUGGACGGACGGGAGCGGCAGCGGAGCGCAGCAUCAGCAGCCCCCGCACCCUCAGCCUCCCCGGCGACAUGGCGGCCGCAGAGUGGACCGGCUGGACAUAAACAUCCAGAUCGAUGAGUCGUACUGCGUGGAUGUUGGAGACGGGCUCAAACGCUGGAAGUGUCGCAUGUGCGACAAGUCCUACACGUCCAAAUACAACCUGGUUACGCACAUCCUGGGCCACAACGGCAUCAAACCACAUGCCUGCCCGCACUGCGGGAAGCUCUUCAAGCAGCCCAGUCACCUCCAGACUCAUCUGCUGACCCACCAAGGAACGCGGCCCCACAAGUGCACUGUCUGUAAGAAGGGCUUCACCCAGACCAGCCACCUGAAGCGACACAUGCUCCAGCACACCGACGUCAAGCCAUACAGCUGCCGGUUCUGCCGCCGGGGCUUUGCCUACCCCAGCGAGCUGCGGGCGCACGAGGUGAAGCAUGAGCGCGGCCGCUGCCACGUCUGCUCGCAGUGCGGCAUGGAAUUCCCCACCUACGCCCACCUCAAGCGGCACCAGACCAGCCACCAGGGCCCACACACCUUCCAGUGCACUGAGUGCAACAAGUCUUUUGCAUACCGGAGCCAGCUCCAGAACCAUCUGCUGAAGCACCAGAGCCCGCGGCCUUACACCUGCUCCCAGUGCGGCCUGGAGUUUGUGCAGCUCCACCACUUGCGUCAGCACUCGCUAACUCAUAAGGGAAUGAAGGGCCACAAGUGCGAGGUGUGUUCCCGGGAGUUCACCCUGUCCGCCAACCUCAAGAGGCACAUGCUCAUCCACAACAGCGUCCGGCCCUUCCAGUGUCACGUCUGCUUCAAGAGCUUCAUCCAGAAGCAGACCCUGAAGACCCACAUGAUCGUCCAUCUGCCCGUGAAACCUUUCAAAUGCAAGGUCUGUGGGAAGUCCUUCAAUAGAAUGUACAACCUUCUGGGCCACAUGCAUCUCCAUGCCGGCAAUAAGCCCUUUAAGUGUCCUUACUGCACCAGUAAGUUCAACCUGAAGGGGAACCUCAGCAGGCACAUGAAGGUCAAACAUGGAAUGGACGUCUCACCAGAAGGUCAAGAAACUCUUCCAGAGAUGGAAAGCCAGGGCGAAUACGAAGGCCAGAACUUUAACUUUACAUCACCUGACAAUAUGGACAACAGCGGUUCCCAAAACCUCACAAAACUCACCACGGCGAACAUGGAGGACAUGGAGGAAUAUUACAAUUUCGGGAAGGAUACGAGCAGCUACACCACGCCAUGAGUGUUAAUGGACCAGGGAAGAUACUAUUCCCCCCCCUCCCUUCUUCCUCUGAAAGCUGAUGGGAAUUACAGAAUUCUUUUCACAGACUCUGGGGGAAAAUGUUUUUUCUUCUUUCUUCUUCUCCUCCUCCUCCUCCUUCUUCAUCCCUUCCUAGCUCGGGCCUCCUUCCAGAAUCUGACGGACGAUGAUGGGAGGCCUGGAAGGAGGCGCGCUUCAAAGGAGGCGUUUCAACCCCCGCCCGCCUGCAGCAGAGACUCUGAAGCUGCUGAUUGUGGUCUGGAAGCUCCUUUCACAUAAUAACUAGACUUACUGACUCACAAACUGUCACUGACGGACAGUCAAGCCUCUAUGUUGUGUGUAUGUAUCAGUUACUUAAAAAGAAGAAAACACUGCAGAUGUGAUUUUAAAAAAAACAAAAAGAGUCAUUGUUCACCAUCUUCGUUCACACGUCCAACUCACGGCAUCAUAUUCUGGACUGAUGGUGCCAACUAGAAGCAUUUUACGGCUCAUCUCCCACCCUGUCCACCUGCCGCUCAUUAGAUACUGACGUUUUGAUAAAUAGUCACCACAUAUUUAUAGAUUUCAGGUCAAAAACUGCUGGCAUGCAAAAGCCCUUUCACUGUACAGGUUUUCUGCGACAUGCAGCGUGUUUACCCACCAUUUCUAUUCCACAUGGUCUAGCUUUACAUGAAUAAUCUAUCCUGUGUAGUGAAUAUAUCACUCUAGUUUUUGAAUUACCGAGUAAAUGAUACAAAGCACUUUUUUUUUUUUGGGUUGAAACUUUUUUGUUUUGUUUUGUUUGUUGGGGGAAAUAAGAUUGCAAAAUCUUUCAACCCCCAAAUAUGGCAAUAUUAUUAAACUAUAUUAUUAAACAACAGA